AUGGUAGCCGAAAUUCAGUUCCUUAAUCAUCCCUCUAUGGCAGGCGACAUUCAGUUCCUUAAUUAUCACUCUAUGGCAGGCGACAUUCAGUUCCUUAAUCAUCCCUCUAUGAUAGGCGACAUUCAAUUCCUUAAUCAUCCCUCUAUGGUAGGCGACAUUCAGUUCCUUAAUUAUCACUCUAUGGUAGGCGACAUUCAGUUCCUUAAUUAUCACUCUAUGGUAGGCGACAUUCAGUUCCUUAAUCGUCCCUCUAUGGCAGGCGACAUUCAGUUCCUUAAUCAUCCCUCUAUGGCAGGCGACAUUCAGUUCCUUAAUUAUCACUCUAUGGCAGGCGACAUUCAGUUACUUAAUCAUCCCUCUAUGGCAGGCGACAUUCAGUUCCUUAAUCAUCCCUCUAUGGCAGGCGACAUUCAGUUCCUUAAUCAUCCCUCUAUGAUAGGCGACAUUCAGUUCCUUAAUCAUCCCUCUAUGGUAGGCGACAUUCAGUUCCUUAAUUAUCACUCUAUGGUAGGCGACAUUCAGUUCCUUAAUCGUCCAUCUAUGUCAGGCGACAUUCAGUUCCUUAAUUAUCACUCUAUGGCAGGCGACAUUCAGUUCCUUAAUCAUCCCUCUAUGAUAGGCGACCAUCAAUUCCUUAAUCAUCCCUCUAUGGUAGGCGAUAUUCAGUUCCUUAAUUAUCACUCUAUGGUAGGCGAAAUUCAGUUCCUUAAUCAUCCCUCUAUGGCAGGCGACAUUCAGUUCCUUAAUUAUCACUCUAUGGUAGGCGACAUUCAGUUACUUAUUCAUUACUCUAUGGUAGGCGACAUUCAGUUCCUUAAUCAUCCCUCUAUGGCAGGCAACAUUCAGUUACUUAAUCAUCCCUCUAUGGCAGGCGACAUUCAGUUCCUUAAUCAUCCCUCUAUGGCAGGCGACAUUCAGUUCCUUAAUUAUCACUCUAUGGUAGGCGAAAUUCAGUUCCUUAAUCAUCCCUCUAUGGCAGGCGACAUUCAGUUCCUUAAUUAUCACUCUAUGGUAGGCGACAUUCAGUUACUUAUUCAUUACUCUAUGGUAGGCGACAUUCAGUUCCUUAAUCAUCCCACUAUGGUAGGCGACAUUCAGUUCCUUAAUCAUCCCUCUAUGGCAGGCGACAUUCAGUUCCUUAAUUAA